AUGAUUACCGUCACCUCAAAACAACGAAAAGAUCCUCCUUCCUCCCUUCUCAUGAAUAAAAACCAGAAUUUCAAUACCUCCAACCAAAAAAAGAAGAGACCCCUUAGCGACAGCAACGAUGAAAAAUCAAAGAAAAAAGUUAGAAUAGUUGAAAACAAGCAUAAUACUGAGAAGUCUACUUCUCCAGUAUUAGAUGAUAAAAAUGGGAAUCCAGAAGUAUCAAGGAAAGUGUAUCAAACUUAUUUGAAAAACGCAUUCGAUGCGUUGGAUAAGAAUGACGCUUCCUUUAUUCAAAAUAUGACCAAUAAGUUAUCGCUCCCGCGUACGUCUCCUGAAUCGCUCUCCUAUGCCACCAUGGGGUUGGUAUUGGAUCUUCUAAGUAACAGGGUCUCCCAGCUUGACUCUCCUCAUUGUAACUCUCUUAUUCUUGCUAUUCUUCGGACCCCAAACUGGUCGAAACAAGAGGAAAGUUUUCUCACUAGUUAUGUCACUUUUCUCUCGGUCUUAACUUCAGGGAUCCCAAAAUGGCAUAAAGAAAUUGUAAAUGUUUUAAUCUCUGAUUUCAGCCGGAUGGCCCCUCUGCCAAAGACCGCUACAGACCUUGGCAACAAUGCCAAACCUCAUCAUGAAUACUUGCAGUAUUUAUUACGCAUCAUUCCUACCAGUUUGAAUGUGGUACUCAAAUCUUUGGUAAGAAGUUUUCCUGGUAAAUAUUGUACAAAAAAUGACGCAGUCAAUUAUGUGUCCAAUUUGCUAGCAGUGAUGGCCUACGCCCCAGAAAUUAGAUUCCAAUUGUUGACCGCUAUUUUUGAAUACUGUGUGAAAUUAGAUGUCGAGUUGAAGAAUAAUUUGGAUGAAGUUGAUGAGGAUGUCGAAGAGGAAGACAUUGACGAUAAUGAUGACGAGGAAGAAGAAGAAGAAGAUGAUGAUGAUGAUGACGAAGAUGACGAAGAGGAAGACGAUGAUGAUGAUGAAGAACAUGAAGAGUAUAAUGCCGAUUUAACCAUCAAUAUCAAUGAACUUUCCGAAAAACUUGAUCGAAUCAUGGAAAAAUUGCUCAUUGGCUUGCAAUCACUAUUUACCGUGGAAAAUCUCAACUCUGGUGAUGGGAUCACCGUUUAUAGAUCUCUCAUCUCGAUCUUUAAAUCCUAUAUUUUAUCGACCAGUAACACCAAAUCUGUGCAAUUCAUUCUUUUCCAUUUUUCUCAACAGCAACCGGAACUAAUCGACGCAUUUUUGGUAUCUCUUAUCGAUAUCACUUUUGAUUUCAGUGAAAGUCUUGAACAAAGAAUCAAGGCAGUUCAAUAUUUAUCAUCUUACCUAUCCAGAGCCAAACAGGUGUCGAAAAACCAGUUAAUCUUUGUGGUGAGUUAUUUGGUCAACUGGCUCGAGAAGUACGUUGACGAACGUGAAUGUGAAGUCGGCAAUGGUAGUGGCGGGAUGGAAAGAUUCAAGAUGUUUUAUGCGAUAUUGCAAUGUUUGUUGUACAUUUUCUGCUUUAGACACGAACAAUUGCGUAAAUCGGUUGCUGAAUGGGAAUGCAACAUCAACAAGUUUUUCCAAAAAAUGAUCCUCACGAAAUUCAACCCACUCAAGUUUUGUAAUGAAACCGUCGCCCUCAUGUUUGCCAAAAUUGCCCAUCAAGAAGACGUGGCUUAUUGUUUUAGUAUUAUUGAACAUAACCGCCGAGACCAAUUCAACAGUUACUCCAAGACCCCUGGCAAGCACGAUCAAAAAUCGCCAUCAUCAUCAUCAUCAUCAUCAUCUAAGAAGGCAUCGAUUAUCAAUGAUUCCCGGAUUUUGUUUUUCAGCAAACAAGAAUUCCUUGAUUUGGUGGCGUACUUCCCAUUUGACCCGCUCAUUUUGAAACGUUCCAAAGCGUUAAUUCAGGGAAACUACAUUGAAUGGUCGGAUAUUCAAAGCGAUGAUCAGGACAGUGAUAGUAACAGUGAUGAUUAUGACGAUGGAUCGACGUAUGCUAGAGAAUUUGUGCGCAAGAAUAGCAGUGUCGUGGCCGAUGCCGAUGUACGAGACCAAAUUCGCAAACAAUUAAAGCUGGUGAGGAGUACGGGUGCAGACGAUGUAUUUGACGAUACUGAGUUGGAAUGA